AUGUCUCAGCUUUUGGUUCGAAUCGCUAAGCUCUCACCACCCGGGAAGAAGCAGGGACUCUGUUUCACUGGAAUGCGGUCCUUGACCACGGCGGCGACGCCGUAUAUGCUGCUUAAGGAGUCCAAUCUCAGGGAAACAUCUGGUAACGGAGCGGUGGUGGACUUGAACUGGUACGAUCCGAGGAAAGACGAAACAGUGCAGAUCCCCGACCAGACUCUGCCGGAGGAGUUCCUAAAUACGAUGAAGGCAGGAUCUUCGAGGGGAUGGGUGGGUGUGAAGAAGAGUCACGACUCCGCAAUGUGUCUCACAAACAUGUUCAACCCUUCUGCCUCUGUUUCUUCACGCAAGGUUAUCUCUCUCCCUCCAUGGAAUGAUAGCAGAGAUGGAUUAGUUUCUAGGAUCUCUCUGUCAGCCCCUCCAGACCAGCAAGACUGUGUAGUGGCCGCGAGGACGCCUAGUUCAUCUUUCAGUGUGUGUCGGCCUGGUGACUCGGAGUGGACACAUGUCCCUGUCCCGGUUUUUUUAACGAGUAUGACGUAUUCGGAGACAGACCAGAAAUUCUAUCUCCACAUGGGCACGAGAAAGAAAGAGUAUGAGGGUCCAAUCGAUCUCAUCGACACGACUAGCUCCGGCUUCCCUCAGAUGAGUUUGUCCCAGAGAUUCCCUUUGUCUGGCAUCCCCAGGAUCAGACAAGAGGAGCUUAUCUCAUCCUCCAAGCCUCCAUACCAGGUCGAGUCUCCUUCUGGCGACUCCUUCAUCGUUUACAGGAGUGACGAGUUGUUGAACAUAGACGGCAUGGAGUCUACACGCAACAAGGAACCUUCUUUUAAUAGACUUGGCUGCAUAUCGAAGCCGAAGGGCUUUAUGGUGUUUAGGCAAGACCCUGAGCAGAGGAUCGCUUCUUACACUGCAGACAUUGGCGAUCUCUGCAUCUUCCUAGGCAGGAACGAGUCCUUCUGCGUCUCUGCAACCGAGUAUCCCGGACUCAACCCUAACUCUGUCUACUACACAGGGGUCGACAUGGGUUCCGGUUUCUACGACCUUUCCUCCAACACUCUCCACGCCCUCCCUUAA